AAUUUAAGAGAUUUACUGCUCCCAUUCCUGGGAUGAUGUUUUAGCCAUUUGCUAGAUACUGAGUUAAGGCAGUUGCCUACAAGGCCAGACAGGUGAUAGGUGCCAAGCUUCUUUCUUGUGCAAAUUAAGUUUUUAUUCCUCCUCAGCCAGGUGCUAUUCCUAGAUUUUCUCCUCAGCAAUUACUCUGAGUGAAAGUGCUUUUACUAACCAAACACUACAUACUCUGACAUAGGUUACCUAGCAACCAAGCACACUCCCCCUCCACAUCUGAAAGCAGCUGCAGUUGGGAGGAGCAUGGAGGGUGGGGGGAAGGGCACCAAAGACAGUUUACUUUCUUGUGACUUAAUUGACACCUAACAUUUUAUCUAGCCAUUUCUAGAUUAUAGUUUGAGCACAUACAUUCCCUAAUUGGUCUUAGCCUAUAGUUGACUCUACCAGAGAACUCCCCUUUAGUCACUCCCCUUUUGAGUUGUAAUUGGAAGCUGACAAUUAAUUGCUUUAUGUGUGUAUCCUUAUCACCCCUCUCUGUAACCCUGAAAACUUUUAAUCUCACAAGGCAGUGUGAUAGGGACACGGUUCGUGUAUAUAGACGGUUUUUUCCUGUAACGGGUAGAAUUAACUUAGAGAAAUAAAGCGAAUGGACUAAAGAACGGAGUGUGCUUAGAUUCAUUGAAUAUCCCUCAGAUUAGAAUCCUCAGCUGGUUGGUAGACUCUUCCGCGGACCCUGGGAGCAAGCAAUAUAGGCUGGACCUAAUAUUGUUUGCGUUACCUGGCGCCUGAACAGGUUUAACUGUUUUUGGUACUCAGGGGACUGAGGAAGUGAGUAUUUUGGAGUAUAUCCAGGAAGAGGUAUCACUCCACAGAGGGUUGCCCAGUUAGAGGCUCAACUCUUCGGGAGGUACGAGUUUGCAGACCUCCGGAGCAUCGGCUACAACCAGUCCUCACCGUAGGGUGCUGCAGCCCCCAGCGACACCGACCCCCUGUUGGAAACGGACGCUGAUUCACCUCUGUGGAUCCCGUAUCGCUUGAUCAGACCAUAUGGCCAGCCAGCAACAGAACAAAAGCACUUCAAAGUUAUCUGCGAGAAGGAGAAAACUGCCACCGCUGCAGCUCCCUCCCUGCCCACCACAGGCCACAUCGAACACCACCUGUGAUGGCAAUGAUGAGAGUCCACAGCCAGUUCCAGAUGCCCUGGCUUUCAUGGUCGACGGUCUCCGAGUUCAUCAGCCCCAUCCCCAACCUCCCCAGUGAUGAGCUGCCUCUACAUGCAGCAGGCAGCUCAAUUCCCUCUUUGGGGCAGGUCAAACGUCUGACAUCUGAGGCUACUCAGGUUCUUAAGAAUCAGGGUAAAGCCUUAACUCCUGAAAACCAUUUCCUGGCAAUGCUAGCAGUGCUCACCCUCCAGGUAUUCUCCUUAUUUCCCUGCACUCUUGCUCUAGAUACCUACUGGGCAUAUGUUCCAGAACCCCCUCUUUUCCAUCCAGCCACGUGGGAUUCUGAGGAAAUAAAGGUUGUUUCCAAUGACUCCUCUUUAUUGGGGUGGGGGGAGGAUCUAGUUUCAUACACCCUCGCCUAGCUAAACACUUUAGCUUCAAAGGACACUCAGAUAGCUUUCCCUUAUGUUUCUUUGUAUACCCCAUACACCCCAUACCCGGAUGUCUGCCCUUAAGGCACAGAACUCUUAAAGCUAAUCAAACUACCAACAAAAUUUGGUCAUUAAGCAUUAUUUCUCCUGUAGAUAGCUAUCUACCUACUAAACCUGUUCCUGAUCAUACACCACCCUUAAAGAAGUUUCCUGUUUGUGAUGCUAAAUUUUCACACCAUACUUGGGAUAAUGUAAGACCUAAUGCUGGCCGUCCUAAGUGGAUACACUGUGUUUUUCCAGAUAUAGGAGUCAUUUUUUUGUCCUUAUAAUGUUGCCUCAGUUAAAAUACAUGAUUGGUCUUAUACUUCCUUAGAACCCACUGUAAAUCAAUGGACAAUUUUCGGCUGGGUUAGUCCCACCUAUGUGGCACUGCCUUCUCACUCUCCCAAGCCCCAGACUCAACUGUAUCGAUUGUUAGCCGCCACUGAUCAUGUUGGCCUUCAAACCCCUACACAGCCCAAUUAUAAUUUCCUCAAUAUCCAGGCUUGUGUUAUGUCUCCCUUUGCCAUCCUUUAUUCAGGUAAGACAGGAACUUUAAACAUCAUACCUAAUGGUUCAAUUUAUGAUAUUUCCUGCAAGGAUUGUUACCUAACUAAUUGUUUGAAUUCCAUAACUAACCCUAAAACUUUCGUUAUCCUUCACCAACCAUCUCAUGUACUCUUGCCUGUAAAUCUUUCUUCACCCUGGUAUGAAGACCCUGCUCUUUUUGCAUUAGAAUAUAUUGCUGACUCCCUUUCUCGUCCCAAAAGGUUAGUAGCUGCAAUUUUUCUAGGCAUAGCUGCCUUGAUAGCAAUAAUUACCACAGUAGCUGCUUCAGCCACAGCCUUAACUCAACAAAUACACACUGCUCAUCAUGUUAAUUCCUUAUCUAAGAAUGUUUCUAUGGCUUUAAUUACUCAGGAAGGAAUUGAUCAAGGAUUGAUAGAUAGAAUAAAUGUCUUAGAGGAGGCUAUACUAUACAUGGGUAAUCAGAUUCAGAAUAUUAAGACACGUUUAACAGCAUCGUGUCAUGCUGACUAUAAAUGGAUCUGUGUCACUCCUUUGCCUUUCAAUGGAUCAGAUAGGUCCUGGGAUCAAGUGCAAGCUCACCUGAGAGGUGUCUGGAAUAGUUCCCAACUAGGUAUAAAUAUAGGUACACUACAUUAUCAGAUCAGUGCUAUCAGUCACUCUAGACUCCAGGUUUCCUCUGCAGCUGAAGUGGCCAGUUAUUUUGCUAACUCAGUAAAGGAUUUUGUGUAUAACAACUCCUUUUGGAACCUUAUUAUUAAUAUCGGAAUUAUAGGACCAUUGAUCAUUUUACUCUUAUUUUUGCUUCCAGUCAUCUUCAGACGUUUAGGAUCAGCUGUACGAGUUGCCCAGAGAGAGAUUCACACACUGCAUUUACUAAACGAAAAAAUGGGAUGAAUCAGCUAGUAACUGCAAUCCAUAUUACUGUAUAUUAUAGAUUGUGUUAACUGUUUACAAAUGAUUUCUAAUGACUGUUGUACAAAAUAUUGACACAAGGUGGGGCUGUUUAAUAUGCCUUAUGGCAAGACCCUCCACUUCUAUCUUCGAACAGGUUGAGAACUAUUCUAAGUGGGCACCUUUUUUCAUAAGAAGGCAAAUAUUUUUAUCUUGUUCUUGUAAAGGUAAAAAAUAGGUAAAAAAAGUAAAAUGUCAGUAUUUGAAGUUAAUCACUAUAAUAGACCAUCCAUUUGGUAAUAACGAAGGCAAGGGAUACCCAGGCUCUAAAGAGCCCAUUGGCUGGAUCACCUUAUUUAUAGCUUUCAGGUAUGUUACCAUUCUCCACUUUUUUUUUUAAUGACAAAUAUAGGAGAAUUCCUAUAUUGAAGAAUGACCUAUAGGUCAAUUAUUCAAUAUGUUGAACAUUUAGCUUCUCCUGUGCCAGCUAUUCUAAGGCCUAUAAUUUUUCUGAUGUCAAAGGCCACUUUCCACCCACACAGGUUUGUCAGUUAACUAUUUUAAA